CUUCUUUCUUUUUUGUUUGUUAUUUGAAAAAUAAUAGUAUACACAAAGAUGCCAGCUACAAUUAGUAAAAUAAUCGAUAAAGCAAAACCAAGGUUCUCUUUUCAUCAUCGUCAUCACAGUGAUGGUGAAGAGCAUCAUCAACAUCAUGGAAUAUUCGCAUUAAGUAGCAGUUUACCCACUCACCUUUUUGGAUACAAAGAUGGUAAAAAGGAUGACUAUGUGGAACCACCACCAAUUGCUCCAACAGAGACCCAGCCAAGAGAAACGAUGAAGCCUUCGCUACCACCUCCUACUCCUACUAAAGAGGAACGUCAUAAGCCAUCUUCAUCCGUCAGCCCCCAAAACCUUCCGUCGACACCUCCUGCAACACCCGGUGGCUCUUUUUUGGCUGCAGAUAAUGAACCAGCAAAAACUGUCACUCAGACAGAACAAUUAUCUAUGGAUGAACACAACCAGAGUGAAAAACUCGAAAAGGAUAAAUGUCAACUAAAACUAAGUGAUUUCAAAAUUGAGCGUACAGUGGGCACUGGCUCCUUUGGUCGAGUGCAUUUAAUUCAGUCAAAAAUUAAUCAAAGAUAUUAUGCGCUCAAGGUGCUUAAAAAGGCAGAAAUUGUAAAGCUCAAACAGGUAGAGCACACAAAUAAUGAACGCGCUAUACUCGCUAGUGUUCAACAUCCAUUUAUUGUCAAUCUUUGGGGAAGCUUUCAGGAUGAUGCUAACCUCUACAUGGUCAUGGACUAUGUUCCAGGUGGAGAGCUUUUUUCCUUCUUAAGAAAGUCAAAGAAAUUUUCAAACGAAGUUGCUCGUUUUUAUGCAGGAGAAGUAUUAUUGGCUCUUGCUUAUCUCCAUAGUAAGGAUAUCAUUUAUCGAGAUUUAAAGCCUGAAAAUAUCCUGCUGGAUGCACAUGGGCAUAUAAAAGUGACUGAUUUUGGAUUUGCCAAGAAAGUUCCUGAUAUCACUUGGACAUUAUGUGGCACACCUGACUACCUUGCUCCCGAAAUUAUUCAAACAAAAGGAUAUGGGAAGGCGGCCGACUUUUGGGCCUUUGGGGUUCUUAUUUUUGAAAUGCUUGCAGGUUAUCCGCCAUAUUAUGAUGAUAACCAAUUUAAGCUAUACGAAAAAAUUUUGACUACACAGCCAAAAUAUCCUGCACAUAUGGAUGCAGCUGCAAAGGACCUACUAAAGCAUUUGUUAACAACUGACUUGAGCCAACGUUAUGGAAACCUAAAAAGAGGAUACCUUGAUAUCAUGGAACAUAAGUGGUUUGCUCCAUUAGACUUCGAGAAGCUAAUUCAGCGCAAGAUAAAACCACCUCAUAUUCCCCACAUCAAAGGAAGUGGUGAUACAGCAAACUUUGACAAGUAUCCAGAAGAGUUUCAUCCUUAUGGUGUCCCUCAAAAAGAGAACUAUCGAGAUCAAUUUCCUGAUUUUUAAUUGUAAAUUACUGUAUAUUGUAACUGUAAUCAGAAUAAAAAAUACAAAAACAUCUAUUUGAAGC